AUGGAGCCUGAAAUUUCAUGCUUUUCCCACUAUACCAAACUGCGUGAACCCAUUCGUGUGAUGCUGGCUGAUGAACAUGUGGUACUGGCCCCAGGGUGGGGUAAAGUGAGACUUGCCCUACGUUAUGGUACAUCGCUGACCGAGCACGACUUUGAGUUCUUGCACAUCCCUGACUUGCAUUGUACACUCAUCUCUGUGUCCAAUCUCGCAUCUGCUCAUAUCUCCUUCACCACGACCUCUAAGGGUGGGACACUGCGCUCACACGAUGGAGACGGCCCAUUCCUCGCUCAUGUGCACCCUAAGGGUGGUCUAUACUUGCUCGACGCU